UGGACCCCGCGAGGCGCCCUCCCACGCCGGCCGCACUUAGCAGCGGAAAGCCUGCCCUCUUGAAGAAGCUGCGCUAGGACCCCCAAGCAUCAGGUCAAAAGUCUGACUCCUUCUUUGACUGCCGCCAGUUAGAAAACAAUUGCCAAUAAACGUGGGCGAGCCGCCUGUGACCUCAGCCGGGACAGGCCCCGGGCGGGAGCGCGGGCGGGAGGCGGGGUGGGGCCCUGUCUACCGUCCCGCGCCCGGCCGCUGCGUCUGACGUCCGCAGCGUCCGCGGCCGCGGAGGAGCGCGGGGAGCGAGGCGGGCCGCCGGCGGGUGUGAAGAAAAAAAAUGACACUCCAAUGGGCGGCAGUGGCAACCUUUCUUUAUGCCGAAAUAGGACUCAUUUUAAUCUUCUGCCUACCUUUUAUUCCUCCUCAGAGAUGGCAGAAGAUUUUUUCAUUUAAUGUCUGGGGUAAAAUUGCAACUUUUUGGAACAAGGCUUUCCUUACCAUUAUCAUCCUAUUGAUUGUUCUAUUUCUAGAUGCUGUGCGAGAAGUAAGGAAAUAUUCCUCAGUUCAUACCAUUGAGAAGAGUUCUACCAGCAGACCUGAUGCAUAUGAACACACACAGAUGAAACUUUUUAGGUCUCAAAGAAAUCUUUACAUUUCUGGAUUUUCUCUAUUUUUUUGGCUAGUGUUGAGACGUCUGGUUACGCUUAUUACUCAACUGGCAAAAGAACUGUCAAACAAAGGUGUACUUAAAACUCAAGCAGAAAAUACUAACAAGGCUGCCAAAAAAUUUUUGGAAGAAAAUGAAAAACUAAAACGGAUUUUGAAAAGCCAUGGUAAUAAUGAAGAACGUGUUUUGGAAGCAGAAAAUAAAAAACUAGUAGAAGACCAGGAGAAACUGAAAACUGAAUUAAGGAAGACUUCAGAUGCCCUUUCUAAGGCACAAAAUGAUGUGACGGCAAUGAAGAUGCAAUCAGAGAGACUUUCAAAAGAAUAUGAUCAACUCCUGAAAGAACACUCUGAACUUCAGGAUCGUUUAGGAAGAGGCAACAAGAAAAGACUCUGAACUUUAUGAAAGAUGUUUGUGAUAUACCAUGUCAAAAUGAUAAAUUUCUUAUGUUAGCCUCUAGAAAGUUUAAAAUUAAGUUCAGAAAAAUGCACUAAGACCUAUCAGUAAUUUUUUUCAUGCCACACAUAGGUUGUAUUGUAAAGGCAUUAUCAAAAUAUUUGAUGAUGUUUCAGAUGUAUUGUAAAAUCUGUAUUCCACCUCUUAAGAAAUAUAUAAGCAUGUUAAAUACCAUAUUUACAUACUGAUAAUGACACUGGUAUAUGGUGGCUGUUACCAAUAAAAGGAGAAAAUUCUUUAGCUGGUUACUUUCAAAAUUAGAAGUUUUAAGUUGCAUGAAACCAUUAAUAGCCUUGAAAGCUUUGAUGAGUUUUCAGUAAUAAUAAUCUAUGUAAUCCAAUGACAAUGUGUUUGAAAAUAGUGUUCAGUAUCAGCAAAUUUGUACACAGGGAAUGUAAAUAAGGGUAACUAUCAGAGUUAUCCACCGUAUUUAUAAGGAAGAGCUCAAAAAAACAAUGACCUUAGUUUUUUUUAACCCUAAUGAUGCUAUGGUUUACUCUAAUAAGAUAUUGUUAAUUAUAUUUUUGUUACUGUGCCCCUGCACAUGUUGGACUGUUUUUUGUUGACAUUUGUAUUAAUGACACGUGAUUAGUAACCACUCUACUGUUUCAAGUUAAUCUAGUCAUAGAGUUUACAUAUAUUUGCAUAACUGCCAUACCACUGCACUGAAUUUAUUUUACAACAAUGUAGAAUUCUUUAGAAGUUAACAUAGCACAUAUCCAAAAAGCAGUAUUUUCUUUCAAUUGGUUGUGAGAGUACCUGAUUAUAUAAAUAUUACCUCAAAAUACAUACACUGGUAUCACACAGUUUUUCUAAGAUGUUUCUAUGUUCUGAAAGCUAAUAUUAAAUACUAUCUUUCCAUUCAAAUAUUCAUUUAGAAUUUCCUUUAGAAGAUGGCAGUGAUUGUAAUAUUAAUAUGAUUUAAGUUGUUCCUGUGUUUAGACAUGAAAUCAUCUUCCUUGUCUCAUAAAAACCUAAAUAUUAAAAAAAGAAAGAAAUUA